GUGUCCAGGGCAGCGGGGGACAACGAUUCGCCAUCUGAGCACGAGCUCGCCGCGGUCUCCGAAAUGAAUCAAACUUUAAAAGAGCUGAACAUAACAGGGGAAGCUGAGGCAGAGACAAUGAAGCUUGCUUCCUUCCUUGGCCAAACCUUUAGUACCGAAAUGCUGCUUAACAUUCUGCCCGAACCAUUACAAAAGAGUUUCAACAAUAUCCUAGUGGUACUCUUCGAACAGGGCAUCUUCAAAUGUGCCUCCAAGCAGACAAAAGUUUCAGGAGCCAAAAUAGACAAGUCAAUGCUCAUCUGUAACUGCAAAAAUAACAGCACAGAUGGACUGGUCUCAGUAGCUGGUGUGUGGAAGUGUGAGUCGAUGUGCUUCUACAAUGAGAAAGUAAUAGAGGUGGCCUAUCGGCAGUUACGGAGUAAACAGAAGCAACAGCUCCAUAAAAUGUGUGCCAAGUUCCUGGAGAAAAAGGCCCAUCGCUGCAAUAAAUGUGCCACCAAAACUAACGGAACCCUGGAUAAAACUGAAAUCUACUUCACUACAGGACUCAGUAAACAUAGAGAGGAAUUCCUGGCCAAGGUGGACUCGAUACUGAAGGAAGAUCGAGCAGGCUGCAGAUGUGAGUGUGCUCAGCUGUUGGAGACAGUGCUCAUCCCAAUAGUGGAACACUAUAAAGCUGCAGAAGAAGCCUCCUGGACAUUUCACUAUCUUCUGGAGUGUGCGGCAGUGUGUGCGAGUCUUUCUCAAAAACUCAGGGCAAUGCAGUAUUUGAAGGAGGCCAAAAUAAUUCUGAAAAACCUAAAAGAAGAGAAAGCUACAUUUAAGUCAGAGGAUCCUAACCCUGUUUAUAUCUGUGAACUCGACCAAGCUGUUAUGUAUCGGCUCACUGGAGAAAUACUGUUUAACACAGGCAACAUUAUGAAGGCAAAGAAGAAUUUUAAUGAAUCCUUGAAGCUUCUCAAGUGUAAUGUUUCCAGUAAUGGCGUUACAGGGUCCUUGAAAGCAAUUUAUGAGAAGAUUCAGAAAUUCACUUAUCGGAGCAGAAAAUAUGACAUGGCAGAGGAGAAGAAGCUAAAAUAUCUUCACGAGAAGAUCGCUUGUCUGUCCUUCCUGUGGCAAAUUCAUCACAUGUAUGGUCAGUCCGAAAGUGAAUCACUAGCCAUCAAAAUGCAAAGCAACUUGGCCACUCAGAGCACCGAUGGUUAUGAGAUGAUCCUCAAUGCCAUUGACAUUGUUCAUCACAGUCAGUUUGUGAAUAAGAAUGCAUGCAAGUAUCUCAAACCUUGGCUGUACCGGACAUGCUCCAGACUGCCUGACUGUGCUGAGACCCGGAAGUUGAUCAGCCACCUGCUUCGAACCAUGGCCAUGGUUCAACUGUGCUCAGGAAACCUGAAGCAGUCCAUCGAUUUCACUCUCCGCGCUGAGGAGUUGGGUGGACUCGGUUUGGAUGCAAGGGCCAUUGGUAUAUUACAUCUACCCCUGCUUCUCACUGGCAGAUACAAGGAGAGUAUGGAGCUGAUCAAAAAAUUAGAGAGAGUUGGCAAAGAAAUGUCCAGCACUGUAGCUGACGGAUGGUUUUAUGCCGGCUGCUUGAACUUCCUGUUAUAUACUGGCUUUAAAGUGAAACGAUUUGAGGAAUGCCUGGCCUUCGUGUACAGGUGUGAGUCAGAUGCAAACAUGGUAUCUGAUAAGAGUCUGAUGAUGCAUCUGUACUCUUCAAUAGCACUGUGGUAUGCUAGACUGAAAUUGUGGGAGAAGUUUGCCGUCUUCUACGAUAAAGCAUUUGAAGUGUGCAAGCAGCUUCCUGCCUCCAUUCAUUCUCUUAGUGGUAUGGCAGCAUUCCUAGAAUGUAGCGUUCUGUUAUUUAAGAAAGAGCUGUCUAACCUCAGCCAGGACUGGAAGAAGAUCUACAAAAAAACCCUGCAGUUCUUUGAAGACUUCAGAAAUCACUUUGGUGGAGCUCACAUCUUCGUCCCUCGUGUGCUGCACUUAAAUGCGUUUCUGUACCAGCUGGUGGGCAAAAAUAUUCUACGAAACAUCUUCCUCCAUGAUGCUUUGGAACUCUAUAAAAAUCAGGGAAGCCUGUUGGACCACAGCCACACUAAGCAAAGUCAGGCAAUGUGGUCUUGUGAAUGCAUACCAUUAGGAAAUAAAGAACAAGAAAAAAAAGAAGAAGGAGAAGAAGCAUGCUGUCAGAUUCCAUCCAGUUGCUCUACGGAGAAUGUUUCAACAGUACAACAAUCUCAGACAUAUAGCCAAAAUAACCCUAGAAGGCCUUGCCGGUCUCCUGACCUGGGUUCCACUGAAAGUUUGGGGGAUUUAGAACUUGCAAGUACGUCACAAAGACUGUCUUAUCCUUGACAAAGACAAAGACUAUCUUCUGGACUUGCCAAGAAACCUGACAAACAUUAAUAAAUUAUUAAGAUUCAGGGUAGUUUACCCUCUGAUAGCAUGGUGGCACAUUGUUCAUGACAGAUUUUUUGGGAAUGUGUUUUUGUAAAACAAACUAGAGACGGUGUACCUGAGAAGAUGUUUUUUAACUGACAGAAAAUUGGUGCUUUAUGAUUUCUUUUAAGUAACAGCUUGUAAUCACUAGGCCCUAUUUAAGAUUUUGUUAGAUGUCUCUUUA